AUGUGUCAACAAAUUUUCAGUUUCGUGUCGAUGAGGUACCUGUUUGUGUACCUCGUUGUGUACAUACGUAAAGUGUGUGUGUGUGUGUGUUGUACGAAUAAAACCUGCACGCCCGACUUACACUACGUGACUACAUUAUCAAUGCCUUACCUACCAAGUAUUCACCUUGCGGAAGAGUGUCAUGCGAAUGGAAGAGAGGACCCUCUCCCCUUGCAUCUCGAAUUGUGGAUGCCACCGGAUGGCGCUGCAAGAAACUUUCCCGCGCCCCUGGUCUUGUCAUGA